AUGGCCCAGGUUUGCGACUUCCAGAACAAGCUCAACACCGGUAACGGCGACGCCGCUGCUGCUGCCCACACCCACGAUGGCAGCGGCGCGUCUCACUCGCACUCGCACGACGCAGCUGCUGAGCACGGCCACACCCACGAGCACCUCGAGAAUGCCGGCAAGUACGCCGAGCGCGACAUGCCCGACUACUCUGGCCGCGACUGGAAGGAGCGCACCUUCACCGUGGGCAUUGGCGGUCCCGUCGGAUCGGGCAAGACGGCGCUGUUGCUUGCGCUGUGUCGUGCGCUCCGUGAUGAUUACAACAUCGCUGCCGUCACCAACGACAUCUUCACGCGCGAGGACCAGGAGUUCCUGAUCCGCAAUGAGGCUCUUCCGAAGGAACGCAUUCGCGCUAUCGAGACGGGCGGCUGUCCGCACGCGGCCAUCCGCGAGGACAUCUCGGCCAACAUGCACGCGCUUGAGGAGCUUCAGGCCGAGUUUGACACUGAGCUCCUCUUCGUCGAGUCUGGUGGCGACAACCUUGCGGCGAACUACUCGCGCGAGCUGGCUGAUUACAUCAUCUAUGUGGUAAGUCGACCCAUGCGCGGCAGCCUCCAAUACUGCGCGACGCUGGAAGGCGGAGGCGAGGGAAGCGCUAACGUCCAGAUCGACGUCGCAGGCGGUGACAAGGUCCCUCGUAAGGGCGGACCUGGUAUCUCUCAGUCGGACCUGUUCAUCAUCAACAAGACCGACCUCGCGCCGCACGUUGGUGCCUCGCUCGAUGUCAUGCGCCGCGACUCGGCUAUCAUGCGCGAGAAGGGCCCGACGCUCUUCACGAGCGUGCGCAAGGGCGAGGGCGUGCAGGACGUCGUUGACGCUAUCCUCGGCGCAUGGGCUGCCUCUGGCGCCAAGGGCAAGAACACGCCGAAGCAGAAGUAA